UGUGAAGACUGAGCCGGAGCUAACUGUUCAGUCAUUGCAUGAAGGACACUUGCGCAAGACGGCAAGAGCAGAGGCUUGAUCACUACCCUCCCUGCUAUCAUGCUACGGAGAAUCAAAAGAGGCAACCAUGCGCAACUACUUUUGUCUCUUUCAUGCAUGCAAAUGCCACGCGUAGAGCGACCAGUCAUAUCCCUAAAGUGGCCUGUCUACGUGCAAAGGUUUGCAAACAAACUGUUUGUAUAAAUGUCAGUGUAUCCCUGUGCGAAUGGGGAGAGAGUGAUGGGUGAGGGAAAAGAGGCUUUGGUGGUUUGCAGUGACAGGAGUAUGGGAAUUGGAAUAACAGUAUGGGAUUUGGAAACCGGGGAACGGAUACUCCACAUACCAACAUGUGCAUCUCCUGCUCAUGGGCUUGUGUGCUUGAGAAAUCAGUUUCUUGUGGCUUCGCAGAUAAACAGGCAUGGCUCAGUCGGUGGUGGGUCAGUCUUCACUUGGUCCCUAAACAAGCCUCACCCACCACUUCAAAGCUACCCAAUGGAAGCCAUUGGGCCACUUUCUUGCACAAGGGAUGGCAUGUAUCUUGUAGGCGGGGCUUCUUCUGGAAACGCUUAUAUCUGGGAGGUCACUAGUGGAAGAUUGCUCAAAACAUGGCAUGCCCAUAGUAAAGCAUUGAAGUGCAUAGUUUUUUCUGGUGACGGCUCUUUUCUUAUAUCUGGUUCUGGUGAUGGAAGGAUAUGCGCAUGGUCGAUUAUUGGUUUGCUAGACAUGGAAGAUUCUGGAAACUUUCCUUCUUUGUUACAUUACUCAUCGGAGCAUCAGUCCUCCAUCACUGAUCUGCUGACUAUAUCAGGCAGCACAAAAUCAGUUUUCAUAUCAAGCUCCCUUGAUAGAACUUGCAAGGCUUGGGACCUGGUCUCAGGUAGGCUUAUACAAUCUCUUUCUUAUCCACAAGCCAUAACUUCAAUUCUCCUUCAUCCCGUGGAACAGUUGUUAUUCACUGGAAGUGUCGAUGGAAGAAUAUUCGUAAACUCUCUCAAUAUUGGACUAGUGGAGGAUGAUUUUGUUGUUGCAGAUGAACAAGCAGCUGUGCUGAAAGGACACAACGGAUCUAUAACCGCGAUGACCUUCUGUGGAGUGGGUCUUUUAUCUGCAUCUGAAGAUUGCACUGUUUGCCUCUGGGAUAUCACUAGUUGGGUGAUCAUUCGAAGAUUCAACCAUCCAAAAGGGGCAGUGACUAAUCUCAUAGUAAUUCCACAGCAUUCACUGGUUUCUGCAUCAAGCCGUAAAAGAAAUUCCAAUCAGUUCCGUGUUUCUUUACUAGACAAGUGCCCUCAGUCGGCCAGCCCAUGCCAGGAAUUAGUCACUUUCCUUCCAUCAUGUUCUUCCCUUGAAGACGAUCAAAUUCCCAAUUUUUUCCAGAGAGCCAAUACAUUAGAUCGACAAAUAUUUGAUUUGGAGCACGAACAGACACCUGCAGCGAUGCAAAUGAAAGUGGAAACGACCAUGGACAAUCGAAUGUGGGCUACAAGGAUGACAAAGCAUGUGAUGGAGAUGAACAAGCAUCUUCAAUCUCGUUUGCUAGAUAUGAUGCAGUGCCGACUAUAUUGGCCUACUGAAAUGGACUCAUCCGCAAUAAACAGUAGUAAGAAGAAGAAGAAGCUCCAGGUCGAAAGUCCCCCACUGAUCGGGGAGGAGCUGGCAAAACCACCUUGUUAGUCAUCACAUGAGUUGAAGAAUUGACAACCUCAACCUCAGAAACAUGUGAAUAACUUCUUUUUUCUGCCGGUUUACCUUCCUUUCUUUCUUUCUCAAAGUGAAAAUAAGAGAAAAACCUUGGAGGUUACAAGAAGGCUAUAUGUGUGUUAAAAAUCAUUGUGAAAAUAUAUAAAAUUGUAAGUAUUGCAUCUUCCUCCA